AUGGGUUCCUUCGAUAUUUGGUGGGAAGGUGGGUGCUGGGAGUGGGAUGUAGCAGCCGGCAUCUGUUUGCUCCAAGAAGCUGGUGGACUGGUCACUACUGCAAACCCUCCUGAAGACCUUGCUACAGCGGCGAUCGAAGAUGUGAGGUUGGGAAGUCGGCUAUAUCUUGCCAUCAGACCUGCUGGCCCUUCUGCAACAGAGACAGGCAGACAGAGUCAGGAGAGAGUGGUUAGAGAGGUUUGGAAGAGGGUCAGGCAUUUGGAGUACUCAAGGCCUGGUGCAUAG